AGAUCAUGAUUGAAUUGAUUGAUUGGUGAGUCGAAUCUGCCCUUUUCAAAUCCUCUCUCCUUACGAAGGAAGCUGCUGCGCCUUUUGUUUCUUUAGUGCGAGUGUAUUAGAUCGGAAUCAAAAGCCUGUCAGAUUGUGCCUCCCAUGGCCAAAUCUAGCAGAAGAAAACUAGUCAGAGAAGAAGAACAAGGAGCUCAGAUUUUAUAUUCUACUUCUUCAUCGUCUUCCCCACACGGGUUUCUACCUGUCUGUGGUUGCAGAACCGCCAUUUUCACUCUUUCCCUCUUGUUUUCCUCGUUACUCUUCACUUUCUCCGAGGCUUCUCGCCCCAUAAUCACCGACUCUUCCCCUUCUUCUUCUCCCACCAACCCUCUAACCUUGCCCUUAAAAACCCACCAGGGCAUCCACGUUGACCCUAAAAUCGUCACACUCCUAAUAACCUUCUCUGCCUUACUGACCUCCCUGAUUGUGAUCAUGGCUCUCUUCAAGUGCUUCGGCUUCAAACUGAAACGAAACCAGAACCGUGUGGGAACUGCAAUGGAAAUCACUAGCCCCGAAACUGUUGACGAAGAUGAGAAUUGCGUGAGGAAGUUCAGUUGGGAUGAGAUUGCGAGAUUCACCAACAACUUCUCAAAAGUGAUUGGAUCCGGAGGCUACAGCACCGUCUACUUGGCUCAGUCGCCGUAUUCCGGUCACGGGUUUUGGGCUAUAAAGAUCCACAACGGCAGCGAGCGUCUGAAUCAGGUUUUCAAACAAGAAGUGGACAUACUUCUUCGACUCGGCCAUCAAAGCAUCGUCAAGCUUCUCGGUUACUGUGACGAUCGAGAGGAGGGUGCUCUGAUUUUCGAGUAUGUGGCCAACGGAAAUUUACAAGAGAAGCUUCACGGCGAAGAACAGAGUGUUCUGCCAUGGAAGAAUAGGAUGCUAAUUGCAUACCAAAUCGCACAAGCCAUUGAAUACCUGCACGAGAAAUACGACCUACAAAUUGUUCACAUGGACAUCAAAGCCUCCAACGUGUUGCUCGACAAAAGCCUAAACUCCAAGCUCUGCGAUUUCGGCUCAGCCAAAAUGGGGUUUUCCUCCACCGUCCAACCGCCGUCUGCGGCGACAAAGAAGCAGCUGAUGAUGGGGUCUCCCGGCUACACCGACCCGCACUACAUGAGGACCGGAAUCGCAUCCAAGAAGAACGACGUGUACAGCUUCGGAGUGCUGCUGCUGGAGCUCGUGACGGGGAUGGAGGCCUUCUGCUCUGAAAAGGGUCAACUGUUGACGUCGGUAGUGGGGCCCAGGCUGAUGGACGGCGGCGAGAUUGAGGAGGAGGAGGUGGCGGGAAUGGUGGACAGGAGGCUGGGAUCGGCUGGCGGGUUUGACGUGGAGGAAGCGAGGACCGUGCUCUCGCUCGCCGCCACGUGCCUUCGGCAGUCUCCUACGCUCAGGCCAUCUGUCACUCAAAUUUUGCGGACAAUCACCGACAGAAUUUCCUCCAUCGCAUUCAUACUAGAAGAAGAAGAGUCGCGCCAUAAAUCAGUGAAAUCACACACUUGAAUUCAGGGCUAGACAAAUGUUGAAAUUGAUCAACUUUUUCCUUUUUUACAAGAAAUUUUUAAUAAUGUUUCCGAUGUAAAUUUGAUUGACGAAUUACACACAAAAGUUCUCAGUAGAAAACAA